AUGUUUGGAGUUUGGAUUGCUGUACUCUUAUUCUUUGGCACAUCACCAGGAGAAGAAGUUUGCUAUGAAAGGGUGGGAUGCUUUAAAGAUGGUUUACCAUGGACUGGGACUUUGUCAAGACAGUUGGCAGGUCUACCCUGGUCUCCAGAGGAGAUAAACACUCGCUUUCUGCUCUACACUAGACAUAAUCCCAAAGCUCAUCAGGAAAUCAGUGCAGUUAAUCACUUAACUAUCCAAGCCUCACAUUUCGGGACAGACAAGAUCACCCGUAUCAACAUACCCGGAUGGAAAACAGACGGCAAGUGGCAGCAAGACAUGUGCAAUGUGUUGCUAAAAGUGGAAGAUGUGAACUGCAUUAAUUUAGACUGGAUUAACGGUUCACGGCAAUAUAUCCACGCCAUAAACAAUCUCCGUGUUGUCGGUGCUGAGGUGGCUUAUUUUAUUGAUGUUCUCGUGAAAAAAUUUGAAUAUUCCCCUUCUAAAGUGCACUUGAUUGGCCACAGCCUGGGGGCUCAUCUGGCUGGAGAAGCUGGGUCAAGGACGCCAGGCCUUGGAAGGAUAACUGGAUUGGACCCGGCUGGCCCGUAUUUCCACAACACUCCACGUGAAGUCAGGCUGGACCCCUCAGAUGCCAACUUUGUUGAUGUCAUUCAUACAAACGCAGUUCGCUUCCUCUUUGAGCUUGGUGCUGGAACUGUUAAUGCUUGUGGUCACCUUGACUUUUACCCAAAUGGAGGAAAGCACAUGCCAGGAUGUGAAGACUUAAUUACGCCUUUAUUUAAAUUUGAUCUCAAUGCUUACAAGGAAGAAGUGUCUUCCUUCUUUGAGUGCAGCCAUGCCCGAAGUCAUCACUUUUAUACUGAAAGCAUUCUCAAUCCUGAUGCAUUUGUUGCUUAUCCUUGUAGGUCCUACAAAUCUUUUAACGCAGGAAAUUGCUUCCGUUGUCCCAAGGAAGGUUGCCCAACCAUGGGUCACUUUGCUGAUAGGUUUCACCUCAAAACUAUGAGGCCUAAUAGAGCCUAUUAUUUUUUAAACACAGGGACUUUUUCCCCAUUUGCCCGUUGGAGGCACAAACUGUCUGUCAAACUCGAUGGAAACAAUGUCACUCAAGGAAGUAUAUUUCUCCGUGUAGGUGGAACCACUGGGAAAACAGAGGAGUUUGAGGUUGCCAGUGGAACACUUAAGCCAGGCAUGACUUACACAAAUUUAAUUGAUGCAGACAUUAACAUUGGAAACAUAACAAGUAUUCAGUUCCUUUGGAAGGAACAUUCAUUUGGACGUUCUCAGAAUAAGUUGGGAGCAGAAAUGGUGACAGAUAUAUCUGGAAAAUAUGCAUAUAAAUCUACCUUCUGUAGCCAGAACAUUAUGGGACCUGAUACUGCUCAGAUCCUGAAACCAUGCUAA